UCCUUGUCUAUUCCAACCAAACAACUUUCCGAAUUUCCAAUUUCCAAAACAAAUCCGAACCAAUACCAAACUCACUUAUCACACUCAACAACCUUAUAUGCCACCUUGAAUAGUCCACGAGGCUUUGGACCUUCACCAAAGAAAGCAAAAAAGAUGAAGAAGUCAAAGCCCGACAAUGAUAGCGAUGAUGAAGGUGAAGAAGAUGAAGAAGAUGAACGAGAAGAAGGCGUAAUACCGGAGAUAGUAACCAACAGAAUGAUCAGUAGAAUGGGGUUCACAGUGGGAAUUCCCCUGUUCAUAGGACUCCUGUUCUUUCCAUUCUUUUACUAUCUCAAGGUUGGUUUAAAGAUUGAUGUUCCUACUUGGGUGCCCUUCAUUGUUUCAUUUAUCUUCUUCGGGACUGCACUUCUGGGGGUAAGUUAUGGCAUUGUAUCGUCUAGUUGGGAUCCAUUGAGGGAAGGCUCACUCUUGGGUUGGAAUGAGGCGCAGAAGAAUUGGCCUGUUUUUUGGCAAUCUCUUUGGGGUGGAUCUCGUAAGAAGUAGGACUUCACAUUUUCUUUUUGGUUUCUAUAUGAACUAAUUAACAAGUUAUCUCUUUUUCCUUUUUUUGCCUGAUAGUGGCAGUGAUGUUGUUAUACUUAGAUAAUCAAAGUAAAUUUGAUGGGUCUUGCUUGUGUAAAUUCUUGAUUCUAUCUAUCUUCGCAAUACAAACUGGAAUAUAUUAGGCAAAUUUUAGAAAUUUAUUUG